UUGAAAGUGAAUCUACUUGCAGGGUAUUUUUAAACAGUUGUUGAACUCGUCGAAUUUACAAAAUGUUUGACGUACCGCUCAAUGGACAGCUGCGACAGUUCUUAGCUGCGAUUAUCGUAAAUUUGAUGACAAUUUCAUUCGGUAUAAGUUGUGGCUGGCCAUCGUCUAUUAUACCUCAACUACGUUCAAAUUCCUCACCAAUUGGCAAAGUACCAAUGAGCGAACAACAAAUUUCAUGGAUUGGUGGUUUGUUGCCAAUUGGUGGUUUACUGAUGAUUCCAUUAUGUGGCAUCCUUACCGAACGUCUUGGUCUUAGAAAUUUCGCUUUCUUAACUGGACUGCCACAUAUCGUCUCUUGGCUACUCAUUAUUUUCGCACAGAAUUACUUCUACAUUUAUGCGGCCAGGUUGAUUAUCGGAAUGGCUGGUGCCAUGACAUUCUUCAUUGUACCAAUGUACGUAAGUGAGAUCGCCAAAGAGGACAUUCGUGGUGUCCUCGGCAGUCUUCUUUCACUUUCAGCAAAUACCGGUGUACUGUUUGCCUUUGUCGCUGGGACUUUUUUGUCCUAUCGACUGUUCGCCAGUCUAUGCCUUAUCUUCCCGAUCGUCUGCAUUGCGACUAUUUUAUUCAUACCUGAAACGCCGGUCUAUCUAGUAAAGCAAAGCCGCCAACUCGAGGCUCACAAAUCACUCAUGUUUUUUCACGAUAACAAUCGAUCUCUCGUGGAAGAAGAAUUAGCUAGACUACAGCAACAAGUAAAUGCAUCGAACCGCACUUCAAAGUCAUUUAGUGUCGGUGAAUUCUUUAGCGAUCGAGCUACACGCAAAGGUCUGAUUAUUUCAAUUGGUUUAAUCGCAGGUCAACAGUUCAGCGGAAUUUUCGCUAUGUUGAGCUAUGCUGAAACGAUAUUCCAACGAGCAGGCUCGUCAGUAUCAUCACAAACAGCGCCGAUAAUAAUCGGCACGAUUCAAAUAUUCGGCGCGUAUAUGUCGACGAUGCUGAUGGAUCGCGUGGGUCGUCGAUUAUUGACGCUCAUCUCGUGUUCUGGCACGACUAUUAGCCACGCGCUUGUCGCUACAUUUUUUUAUCUGCAGAAAAAUAAUUACGAUGUCAACUCGAUCUCGUGGUUACCAGUUGUUGCUCUGUCAACUUACAUCAUCGCUUACGCCCUUGGUAUGGCAAGUGUACCGUUGAUCAUCGUUUCUGAAGUGUUUCGUUUGAGCGUCAACAGUUACGCGACGACUUUGUGCUUGAUACUUUUCUGGGCGAUGAGUUUCACGUCGAUAAAGAUUUUCGAUUUGACGAUGGAUUUUUUCGAUGCCGAUGGCUGCUUUUUUAUGCUUGCUUGUUGCUGCUUGACUGCAUUUAUCUUUACUUGCUGUAUGAUGCCAGAAACUAAAGGAAGGAAAAGGGAGGAUAUCGUUAAUGAGUUAGCUGGUGUUGAUAAAGCUCGUUGUAAAAAGGACAAGAAACAUGUUGAGGAACAGGUGCGCUGAUGAUUUAUCGUUUGUUUCUCCAUUGGAAAUCAUCGUACAAAAUUUAAACAAAAUAUGCAUAUACAUAGCACGUAAGUAAUAUGUAUGUAUGUACAUAUCAUGUACGUACAAAUUUCGUAUGUAUUAUGUACCAAAUUAUAAUAAACAUUCUCAUUAACUCAGCCUCAUUGAAAAAGGAAAAUACAAAUAAUUUUAUAUUUAAUAGUUAAGGGUAAAUGAUGCUGGUCAACGAUUUCGAUCUUUGUUGAUUCUAAUAGUUUCAUAAUAAUUGAAUUAUUUUUGUCUAUUUUAUUACCUAUUUUUUUUAAUAAUUUAAUAAUGUAACAGGUUCAGUUCCGCAGCUACCUGAUUCUAAAGGAUACCCGGUAUAAUGACAUUUUUGACUAAGGUACAAAAGCUGAUGUGCAUUGUUCAUCAUAGCGCUUUGUCCGUAAAGUUUUUCUAUACACUUGCAACGCAUUUUUUCAAACGUCUAUUAACGUCAGUCAAAUCAUUUCCAUAUAUUUGUUCUUAUUUAUUUUUUUCAAAAUCUGUAUUUAUUCUGCCAACAAUUGCCAGUUUUACUAAUGUUUUUCAAAACUAUGUGUUGAUUUUAGAAUAGGUAGCCGUAUAAUAGCUAAUUCAUCCACUCUCUUAACUUUUGGUUGUUUUACUUUUUCAAUAUACCUGUUAUGAGCAGUAUACCAUAUACUCGUAUGAGCUAUAACGUGUCUAAAAGAGCACGUUUUUCUGGUAUAUUAUCGAGUAGUAUAAGAGGUAUUUUAUAACUUUUAAAUAUUCUAAACCACAAAGCCGCAAUUAUUGUUUUACUUGAUCGUACAAAAUACUUCAGUAGAAACUUCAUUUAAUAACAUUUGUAUCGAUCAUAUUGAAUAAUUAAAACUUUUCCAAACAGGCGAUCCAUCGGUAAUUAUAAUACAAGUUAUAUAUGAACUUUGCAGUUCAAUACUAUUAUAAAUGUCAUUAAUAAUACACUGUCAUAGAAUUUAUCAUACAUCUCCAACAGUUGUUAGACUUAUUCUUUUAUAUUUAAAGUUAUAAAAAAGCUAACGUUGUUCUCUAUACCAGAUGCAUUGAUGACAAAAUAUAGUGCGUUCAAUAUUCUAUUAAAAGGUCUAAGGGAUAUUUUAGAUUUUGAGAUAAACAGCAUGGAA